GCCUGUCCGCCGUCCACGAUGGAGGUGUGCGCUCUGAGGAUCCAGCUCUUCAUCGGACUCAAGGUUCUCUGUCAGGAUGGAAAUCAUAUUGUUCUCCUGACAGCAGCGGACGUGGACAGCAAAGAGGACAUCGAGAGAUCAGCCCGCAAAAACACUGAAUCGAGGGAACUCAGGGCCCUGACAGGCAUUUUAGUAGCUGUAGGUCUAGAGCCGUCCUCAACGCAGACUCUGGAAAGCCUUCUGUCCAGGUCCUUCCUAUCCCGGAAGAUCUCCAUCUCCAAACCCACAGAGCCGACGGACAGCGGUCACGGCUGGAACCUCUAUGUCAUCACUUCUGUGUCCACACUGCAGCUCUACAGAGAAAUAGUGGAAUACAGCAGGAGAUACGAGCAGUCGAGCCCGUCGUCUCAGAGCUGCGUUCACCUGCUGAGUGAAGGUCACCUGCUCCUGCGCACAGCCCUGCAGCGGGGGGGCCCUGACCCCGACCCCGACCCCGAGCCUGCGGAGAGAAGAGCGCAGCUGCAGCAGGCAUUUCAGGAGAGCUGCGCUCACUUAGGAGACUGCUUCAGCAGGUUUGAUAAGAAGGACUAUCAUCUGGCUCUUCCGUACUAUAAGAUGUCAGGCCUCAGUGUGACUGAUGUCAUUAAGAGGAAUAUGUUCAUGAGCAGCUCCUCAAACGGUUACGGCAAAGGCUUUCUCUUCUUCCUGAAGCAUUCGAUCUAUGAGGAGAACAUGGAGGAGCUUAGCAAGGACAUGGCUGAUAAAGUCCUGGAGAUCUUCAGUGUGGCUGAACCUGCUCAGCUUGCUCAUGUUGUGAGCAGCCCGUCCAUGCUGAAGGCCGACCCUGCCGGGGCCAUUGCCCUCCUGAGGCAGCUGGAGGCCCCCGGGGCCCCGUCCAUCACCCUGUCCCUGUGUAUCGCCUCCCUGGCCCUGCGGGACGGGGACCUGCACACUUACAGCCAGCAGAUGGACCGCCACGCUGAGAUGCUGCAGGUGUACGGCUUCAUCGAAGAGCCCAAACUACUGCUCCACGGCAGAGGCAAGGCGGUUCUGCCCACCACACUGGCCCGCCACCUGCGCGACACACACAAGGGGCUGCUGGUGGCGGCGGUCGUGGCUCUGCACGAGAACAGCAAGAUCCGACUGGAGGAGGCCGAUCUCUUCUUCCAGGAGCUGUGUAAGAAUGGCGUUGUGGUUGAGAGCAGUCCUCAGUUACUGGUGGACUUCUGGGAGGCUCUGUUAGUAGCGUCCUCUCUUGAAUCCAUCAUCCAAGAGCUCCUCUUCCGUCUCACGUCUGUUUAUAUCGAUCGCAUCACGUGCAGAGAGCGCUCCGGCGUCAAAGCCAUCAAAACGGCAGAGGAUCUGAUAAACUCCUGUUCUCAUUAUGGGACGUUGUAUCCGUGGGUGAGCAUCCUGACGCCUGUCCAGCUCAACGUCACCCAUGAGCACCAGGAGGACUUACUCAAACUUCAGUCUCUGCUGUGUGGGCCGACGCUGGAGGUCUCCUCCAUCCUGCCUCUGCUGGAGCAGCUGUCGGACUCCGACGCCACCGGCCUCAGCAUCCAUGUGCUCUGCGCCACCAGACUGGGCCAACACCACAGCUCCAUCGACAGGCUUCUGGACCGAUGCCCACAAGCCAUCAUCUCCUACGCCAACCACGAGCUGCAGAACGACAAACUGCCUCUGUGGUGGCAGAAGCUUUUCCCUGAGGUGUGUGAGCGGAUGAGGACAACAGGAAUCCACAACGCCGUCCUCCUCUCAGCACUCAAAGAAACUCUGCUUGUGGCGGCCCGAGAGCUGAACCCGUUGGAGUUCCUGGACUUGUUGCCGGAUGAUGGAACGGCACACUUUUUCCUGCCACAUCUGCUUGAAUGCUGCCAAUGAAAUCUCAUGACACUGGCAUUUAUUUUAGACAAUCUGUGAAUCAACACUAAACCUGUUUAAAGACAGGAUCCGCAUUUACAGUCGUCCUGCUGCUUUGAAUGCUGAUUACCAAAGACUAUCAUGUGUCCUUUGACUGCUGUGAACUAUAUGUUACAAUCAUUCAUCAAGUCUGGAAUGUUACAAGUUUACUUAAAAAAAAGUACUGCCUUGUUAAAUCAGGAUAAAUAUAAACUGCAAAAUAUGCUGAUGUUCAAUUGUUAAAUUACAAGUGUUUUUUUUAAAUAUUUGUUAGGCUUGCACUGAUUUUUUUAAAUGUAUCUGAAAUAUGUGUGCACAUUACCCACAAUGCAUCUCAUUUCAUCUGAUUUUCAGAAUGAACAUUUUAAAGUGCCCUUUUUUGUUUAUUAAAUUAUAUUCAAAUGUGCAGAUCAUUCUGUAAACAUGCUCUUCCCUUUAAACAAUCAAAUUUGAAAGCUUCUGUAACAUUAUUCAAAUGCUAACAACUAUCAAUUCCCAAUCUCAUUUUUUUAUUGUAAUGCUAACAAUAUAUUUGUCACAUUUAAGUAAAAUAAGUCAUGUAAGCACAAUAAAAUAGUUAUGAA